AUGUCUCUGAACGAAGUCUGGCAGGCAGCUUCUGCGAGCCCGUAUACUCCCCCAGUCUCUAAAGACAGCCAAUUCUUUGUCGGCUUCAGUCUACUACUUGCUGCUUUCAUCCUCACUGGACUUUUCGGAUUGAAUCGUUCCUUCCUCAGCAUCGCUUCCUUCGGAGUCCCGGCAUCUUUGGCGUUUGGCUUCGGAGCCGUUUUCAUAAUCUGUGCCGUUGGGGUCUACGUUUAA